AUGACAACAAGUCUGUGGCCCCAGGCCCCGCGCGCCCUUUUCAUCAGCGUCAAAUCGGCCGGCCCCCGAAUGUCAGAGCUAGUCUCCUCCGGCCGCCGCCGCGGCGACGCCAGACUAAAUCACCAGGACCCGACCCAAAUCGGGAAAGGCACUGCUCUCAUCACGGUUCUGGACAUAAACGAUAACGCCCCGGCUUUCGCCAUAGACUACGAAACUCUGCUGUGUGAAAAUGCCAUGCCCGGACAGCAUCCUCCACAGGAGGUGCUGCUGCACAUCUUUAUUUUCUCAGGCCGGUCCACCAAAGCCAACUGCUAG